UUCACGUUAUUUCAGUGCCUCGAGUUCAUCGCUGUUCUUUUUAAUGAAUAAAAUUAGAUAAAUAGCAAUAAAAUGGCAAACAGAAGUCGACCUGGCAACUCAUCUUUUACUCCAGAUCAACUACAUGCCUUCGGAGUGUCAAAUAACAAAGACAUGCCAGUUCAAGCAGGUCCUCCGCCUUUAUUUCCUCCAUUACUUUCGAAGCCGGUAAAGUUAAAAAUAACUUCAUACACGAGCGACAAGAUGUUUUGGGAUGAACAAUUCAUCUUCGAGAUGAAAGAAACGCCGUAUUAUUUGUCAAAAACUUCUGAUAACAUCAUUGGAGCGAGCGAAAAACCAAAAGCAAAUUUCGUUUACAGUCACAUGCCAGCAGAACUUCGUCCUAAUUUUACGAAAAAACACAAAUUACCGAACGACGGAGGAAAUGCAGUGAAAAAAAGUAAAGAUUUCGACUUGGAAACGCGACUGAAAAUGUUGGAACAGAAAGAAAUGAUAAAAGUCAAGGAAGAACCGAAGAUAAAAGACGAAAUGGAAAGUGAAGAGGAAGAAGAUGCGGGAAGUGAACAAUUUGACAAUGAAAUGGAUGACGAGAACGACUAUGGGAACAAUUACUUCGACAAUGGCGAAGCGUUCAACGAGGAAGAUGACAUGGAUGACGGGCCUGUUUAUUAAAAAAAAUAAAUUUCGCAUGAUAAUUUGAUAAAAGAAAAAAAAAUAAAAAUU